AUGAGCGAAAAACACGACUUGGAGCGCCAGCCCAUACUCUACCAGAAGCGAUGGUUUUCAUUCCUUAUGAGUAAGCGAGUUCCUCCCAUCACGGGCCCCGAAGACCGAGUUGCCUACGACCACUCAGGCAUUUUGAAUCGACUUUUCUUCGUAUGGGUGUUUCGUCUCUUGAAAGUUGGAUAUAAGCGUACAAUAGAGGCCACAGACUUGUUCUACUUGCCACACGAUAUGAAGGUGGAUCACCUCCAUCGAAAGUUCGAAACGCACUUUGCUGCUCGACUUGCUCGCAGCUCAUCGGGUGAGACAACUACAUGGAUGUUAAUUUUAUCAUUAUUUGAUACUUUCAGGUUCCGGUACUUGUACGCGGUGGGGGCUUUGCUUCUCUGUGACACCGGGAGCUCGGCAAUGCCGUUACUUUCCAGGAAACUCAUUGGGUUUGUACAAUCGAGACAAUUGGGUGUCGACUCUCCUAUUGGCAAAGGAAUUGGGUAUGCCUUAGGAACGUCCUUUGGAUCUUUCACAUGCUUUCUCUUUGCUAACCAGUACUUGUACUACUCGAUCUUGACGGCGGCUCAGGUGAAGGCGAUUUUAACCAAGUUUGUUCUCGCCAAAUCAUUUAAAGCCGAUGCCAAGUCAAAGCACGAUUACCCAGCAUCUAAGUUGACAACCUUAGUAGCAACCGACUUGGCAAAAAUAGAGUUUGGGAUAAGAUUUGCUCCACUAUGUCUUACUUUCCCAAUGACAUUAAUUGUUUGUAUUACAAUUUUGGCAGUCUAUAUCGGUGCUCCAUCUGCUGUGGGAAUCGGAGUUGUCAUCCUAUUCACUUUUCUUCUCUCAGGAUUAAGUGCGUUCAUGGUGAAGCUCAGAAAGAAAUCAUUGGUGUUCACAGAUGAACGCAUAAAGCUUAUCAAGGAAGUGGUACACCACUUGAAAGUCAUCAAGUUCUAUUCGUGGGAGGUUCCUUACUACGACACCAUAGUGAACGCCAGAAAGCAGGAAGCGGGAAAGUUGUACCAUCUCCAGUUCAUCCGAAAUAUUCUCAUGGCAUUUGCACUUACAGUAUCCAUCUUCGCAUCGAUGGCCUCGUUCUUGGUGUUAUAUACCACAGAUAACCAAGGAAAAGAUGCUGCAAACGUUUUUUCUGCAGUCUCAUUGUUUGGACUUUUGGGUUUCUUCAUCACAAACAUUCCUCUUGCUGUAAGUACCACUGCCGACUGCGUUAUUUCACUCGGACGGGUGGCAGCGUUUUUAAACUCCAAGGAAACCUCGAUUUCUGCCAAUGUUUCGAUUCUUCCUGAUGCAUUACCUUCUGACUCCAGUAAGGAUCAAAUUGUCGUUGAUGUCCAGAAUGCUAGCUUCUGCUGGCACUCUUUCGAAGAUGCCCCGACUGAGGAACCAACAAAGAAGACCAAAAAAAGUAACAAAACUAAAACCACCGAGUCAACCGCUACUGAUGGAUUCAUCUUAAAGGAAAUCAACAUCAAAAUCAAUAAAGGAGAGUUCAUUAUUGUCACUGGGGUGGUUGGAUCAGGGAAGACGUCGUUCCUCAAUGCUUUAGCGGGCUUUAUGACCAAGAAAUUAGGAUCCGUGGCCGUCAAUGGAUCCCUUCUUUUGUGUUCCACCAAUUGGGUGCAAAAUGAGACCAUCAAAAACAAUAUUCUAUUUGGGGAUUUAUUGGAUGAGAAGAAGUACCAACAAGCAAUUUACUCAUGUUCCCUCAAUGACGACUUCGAAUACUUACCCGCUGGCGACAGAACGGAGGUUGGAGAACGUGGAAUUACUUUAUCAGGGGGGCAAAAGGCCCGUGUAAACUUGGCAAGAGCUGUCUACAAUGACUACGAUAUCGUUUUACUUGAUGAUGUUUUGAGUGCUGUGGAUGCCCGAGUGGGAAAGCAUAUAAUGGAAUCAUGUAUUUUGGGUACAUUAGGUGACAAAACCCGAAUCUUGGCUACCCACCAACUUUCCUUUAUCAAUGCAGCGGACAGAAUUAUCUUCAUGAACGGUGAUGGGUCUAUUGAUAUUGGAACUGUUGAAGAAUUGAAGGAGGCUAGUUCUGCUUUCAUGAAUUUGGUUUCUUAUAGUUACAAAGAUCAAACCACAGAUAUGAAGAAAGUCAGUGCGGAUUUUGCAGCCACCGAGGAAGAUGGAAAUGACGAAUUACCUGUUAUUCAGGCUAAGGACUAUGACUCGACAGGAAAGUUAAUUGAAGACGAGAGAAGAGCUGUCAGCACCAUAAGCUGGGAUAUCUAUAAACAAUAUGUGAAGCUAGGAUCCAAACCUUUCAAUCCUCUUCUUUUCACGAUUUUUGCGUUGUUGGGAAUGUCGAUAAGUGCCUUCUGUCAAUUGUUCACAAAUACCUGGUUAUCUUUUUGGACAGAACAAAAGUUCGACAAGCCCGAUAGGUUCUACAUCGGAAUCUAUGUAAUGUUUGCUGUGCUUGCCCUUUUGUUCAUUAUUACAGAGUUUCUCUGUUACAUUCAUGUGACCAACGUGGGUUCCAAACGCUUGAACAUCAAGGCCGUCCAAAACCUAUUGCAUACUCCCAUGUCAUUCUUGGAUACUACUCCAAUUGGAAGAAUUUUGAAUAGGUUCACCAAAGACACCGAUUCUUUGGAUAAUGAGAUCAUUGAGCAAGUGAGACUCUUGUCUCAUUCUGCUUCAUUGAUUGUUGGAACUGUGGUAUUAUGUAUUUGCUACUUGCCAUGGUUUGCCAUUGCCAUUCCUAUUCUUGUGACUAUCUUUUUGUUCGCUGGCAGCUACUACCAAGCAUCUUCAAGAGAAAUCAAACGUUUGGAAGCAGUGCAAAGAUCGUUUGUGUUCAACAACUUCAACGAAUCGUUAACUGGUAUGGAAGUUAUCCAGGCAUACGGCAGCGAACCCUACUUUAUUGACAGAAAUGAUAUGUUCAUCGAUAACAUGAACGAGGCCAACUAUCUUGUUAAUGCAGUUCAAAGAUGGUUGGCUAUGCACUUAAAUGUAUUGGCAUUUUUGUUUGUGUUAAUCAUCACAUUAUUGUGUGUUACUCAAGUAUUCAACAUCAGUGCUGCCUCUACCGGAUUGCUUCUUUCUUAUGUGUUGAUCAUGCCCAAUCUCUUUACUUUGAUUGUGCAGAGCUAUACGCAGCUUGAGAAUGAGAUGAACUCAGUGGAGAGAAUGUGUGAAUUUGCCUUUGACCUUCCUCAGGAGAAACCUUACCAUAUAUCUGAGACGGCUCCAAAACCAUCAUGGCCCAACCAGGGCCAAAUAAAGUUCAAUAACGUCUACAUGGCGUAUCGUCCCGGAUUGCCUGAUACUCUCAAGAACGUUAAUUUAGAUAUCAGGCCUAACGAGAGAAUUGGGAUUUGUGGUCGAACCGGAGCUGGAAAGUCAUCAAUAAUCCAUGUUCUAUUCAGACUUGGAGAGUUGUCGUCAGGGUCGAUUGAAAUAGAUGGAGUGGAUAUUUCGACAUUGGGAUUAAAGGAGUUAAGGUCACAUUUAUCGAUUAUUCCUCAGGAAGCAGUGUUAUUCAGAGGAACAGUCAGAUCUAACUUAGACCCUUUUAAGAAGAGCUCUGAUGAAGAACUCUGGAAAGUGUUGAUAAAGGCUGGAAUUUUGACCCCAGAUGAGUGUGCUGGUACCAAGCCAAAAGAACAGACGCUGAAGUUUGAUCUUGAUGCAGUGGUUGAAGACGAUGGAAAUAACUUCUCUUUAGGAGAGAGACAGUUGAUUGCCUUUGCUAGGGCUUUGGUGAAGAACUCCAAGAUCUUGUUCUUGGAUGAAGCCACAUCAUCGGUCGACUACAAAACCGACUCCAAAAUACAAAACAUUAUUGUUGAACAGUUUGGUGAUCGUACUAUUUUGUGCAUCGCUCAUCGGUUGCAAACAAUUCUAAACUAUGAUAGAAUUAUUGUCAUGGACAACGGAGAGGUCAAAGAGUUUGACAAGCCAUGGACAUUGUUUCAAAGACAAACGUCUAUUUUCCGGUCAUUGUGUGAAAAGGCAAAGAUUACAGCCAAUGACUUUGUUUAACGAUUACUAUACACUUAAAUAUUUCAUUAUUUCAUUUUCUUCUUGUAGUCAGCAAAUGAAAGCUUCUUUUUGACCAUGGGUUUCUCAGAUGGUUCGGCUGGUAUUGGAGGUGGUGUGACUCUCUUCUCCAAGUUGAGGUUCAAUACCUUAUUAAUCUUGGUCAAGUUGUUGUCGGUCAAUUUUAACUUAAGCUCACUUAAGCUCUUCUUGAUUUCGGGCUUCACCUGCACUUCUGCCUCAACUGUUUUUUCAACCUUGGCACUGAUUCCAGUACUGAUAGGAACCAAGUCCAAGACUUUAUCGUUAUGGUACUUGCCAUCGAUUACUUCUACCGAAUUAUCGGUCAAUUUGACGAGUUGGUUUUUGAUAAUGAUAUCCUUUAUGGUAUCCCGCAGGACUUCUUCAUCAUCGUCAAAUUUGAUUACUUUAGUAGGCGUAGGAACAAAGAGUUUGGUCUGGAUGAAUUCCUCUCUAUUGUGCAAUCUCUGUUCCCACGGUACAUAGGUUUUGGGUUCUUUUGGUAUAAUCAACUCAUCUUUAGGUUUGUACAUGUUGACAUUUAUAAUACCAGAUACCUUCCUAGUUGCUCUUAAUAGGUAAGAAAUUGCCUUUCUCACUUUAAAAACUGCACAAUUGGGUAAGUACAGUGGGGUGUUUGUGGUUGUUGAACAUCCACAUUCGGUGAAGUAGAGCAAAUUGUCAAUGGUAGUGAUGAGCAAGGUCUUUUCUUUAUCUGACAAUUGAU